GUAGUGCUGAAAUGAGUCAGUACAAAGUAUUAAGUUGUGGAUCCAAUGGAUUAGGCCAACUUGGAAUAGGGUCGGAUGAUGAUCAAGACACUGUUCAAGAAUGUAAAUUUGAAGGUUUUAAUGAGAUUUCCAUGAAACCUGUAUCGAUUGCCUGUGGGGGAAAUCAUACUCUAAUCCUAUUUGAAUCCGGACAAGUAUUUGCUAGUGGUGAUAAUACAUAUGGCCAAUGUGGUGUUGAUGUAGAUAAUUCUAGAUCGAAAUAUUUAUCAUUUGUGAAGAUUCCUGGAUCUUGGGUUCAAAUAUCUUGUGGAUGGGAGUUUUCCGUUUUAGUUAAUAGUAGGAAUGAAGUAUUUGUAUGUGGGAAUGGAUUAAAGGGAGAGUUAGGAUUAGGUAAAAAAACCACUAGUAUUAGAGAGCCAACAAAGGUAGAUAUAAAUUUCCCAAGUAAAAUAAAGGCCAUCAAAAGUGCCUUAAACCAUACUGUGAUACAACUUACAAAUGGAGAGUUUUAUGGGUGGGGGGUAUCUAGGAAAGGUCAAUUGGGGGUAGACCGAGAGAAAAUUACCUGGGUGCCUGCCCAGAUCAAUUGGGGAUUAAAUUUAAACCUUGAACAAUAUAAAUUCGUACUUGGUAGAGAUUUUACCGUAUUAUACAAUGAUGAAUUCCAUCUAUUUGGCACUCAAAAUAAAAUUCUGGAUAUGAUAGAAUCAUGCACAUAUUCUAAACGUCAACUUUCCAUAUGGUCAAUGUGGUCUUCAAUCCAUAUUAUAGAUGCGGAUGGAAAAGUGGUAUUUUUAGGUAAUAAUAGCCAUGGUCAAAAAUUCCCCUCAACAUGUGUUUCAAAUUCCCAAUUAUUUUGUACUGGGAGUGAACAUGGAUUAACUAAAUUGGAAAAUAAAGUAUAUGCAUGGGGUUGGGGAGAACAUGGGAAUUGUGGAGUAUUAAAGAAGGAAGACGAAGUGGUAUUUUCAAAUCUAAAUGAAAUAUAUCAAAACGACAAUAUUAUAGAUUUAGCAUGUGGAUGUGCUACUAGUUGGAUCAUAACCAAAAACUAAAUAAAGACGAAUUAUAUAAAGAAUGAUCACUACAUUGUAAACAAAAUAUCACGAAGUAUCUUCACCAAAUUCAUCUAAUGCUAUGGGGUAAACCUAAGCUCAAAGAUGGAGAAUAUGUUCAACGUAGUUUAUAUAGGGCAAAAGUAUCACCAGUUUCACCAGGAGUCAAAAAGAAAAGGUCAUACAACCUUUUCUAGACAAGUGAACCAGCUUCUUAAUGGCCCGACAAUGUGUACAACAGAACAACAACCCUUUGUUGGAAUAUCAUA